AUGGGGAUUUGCUUUAGCGCUGAAGAGCAGUACCAAUUUUCUCAACACCAAGAGAAGAAGUCUACAGGGAAAUCAUCAGGGAAGAAUUCGUCUGUGUAUCUAAUGAAUUCUGAUUGUCAAGAUUCAAUUGGUAAAUCAAGUGCAAGUGGUUUGCCCUUGGCUCCUAAGAACAUCAAAGAUCUUCAGUCUAAUCCUGGAUACGAGAAUGUCGAUAUCUUCACCUACGAGGAGAUGAAGAUGGCGACUAAGCAGUUCAGGCCAGAUUACAUUCUCGGCGAAGGAGGUUUCGGAGUUGUCUAUAAAGGAGUUAUUGAUGAGAAUGUGAGGCCUGGUUACAAGUCUACGAAAGUUGCCAUUAAAGAACUUAAUCCUGAAGGGUUUCAAGGAGAUAGAGAGUGGCUGGCUGAAGUUAACUAUUUAGGACAGCUUAGCCACCAGAAUCUGGUGAAGCUUAUUGGCUAUUGCUGUGAAGAUGAUCACAGAUUAUUAGUCUAUGAGUAUAUGGCAAUGGGGAGCCUGGAGAAACAUCUCUUUCGAAGAGUUGGAUGCACUUUGACAUGGUCUAAAAGAAUGAAGAUUGCACUAGACGCAGCCAAGGGUCUCGCGUUUCUUCAUGGUGCCGAACGCUCCAUCAUAUAUCGGGAUCUGAAGACAGCAAAUAUAUUGCUGGACGAGUGUUACAAUGCUAAACUCUCAGACUUUGGACUAGCAAAAGAUGGUCCCAGAGGAGACCAAACACAUGUUUCAACACGUGUUAUGGGCACUUACGGAUACGCUGCUCCCGAAUAUGUAAUGACAGGACAUUUGACAUCAAGAAGUGAUGUUUAUGGAUUCGGAGUACUUCUCCUUGAGAUGCUCCUCGGGAAGAGGGCGAUGGAUAAAAGCCGACCUUGCCGUGAGCAUAACUUGGUCGAGUGGGCACGACCGCUACUGAACCACAACAAAAAGCUUUUGAGGAUCAUAGACCCUCGUAUGGAUGGACAAUACGGCACAAAGGCGUUGAUGAAAGUAGCCGGUUUAGCAUACCAAUGCCUAAGCCAAAACCCGAAAGGAAGACCACUCAUGAACCAUGUGGUAGAAGUCCUCGAGACUCUUAAGGAAGACGGCGAUGCGGAGGACGAAAACAUGAGUAAUCUCCAUAGCAGAGGAAAGUCCGUGACCUUGUAUGAAGCUUCUAGUGAUUCACAAGGCACAAGAAACGGUGAUGUGCAGAGGAGGAGGAGACCGGAAAGUGGUAGAAGCAAGAGCGAAGCCUCGGUUGAUACUGACCAAUAUGUUUCUGCUCUGGUUUCGGAAUCUGAUCCGGAUCGUACUAAGAUUUGA